CAAAGUAACCCUGAAACCUUAAAUGAAAAGCAAACACUGUCAUCAACAUUCUUCAUCUCUCUCUCUUCUUUUUAUUGGGACCCUCUUUUCUUCUUCUCUUCCUUCAAAUCUCAAAUCACACUCCCACUUUCAUCUCCCUCCAUUCCAUUAUUAAAUCCCCUCUUCUUCCCCUUCUUAUUCUUCACUUCAAUUUUCCCUUCCCUUUCUUCUUCUUCUUCUCCCUCCAUGGCUUCUGAUUCCAACUUCUGGCUUCCCCCUCACUUUCUUUCCGACCACGACAACCUCCCCGGCAUACCCACCUCCGCCACCGCCGCCUUCCCUACCGACUUCCCCUAUGACUUCAACUCCUCCUCUGUUCAUUCCCCUGUCGAUUCUGUUCUCGGCGACGACGACAACGACGAGGAAGACUUUCUCGCUGCGUUGACGCAGCGGCUUACUCAGUCCACGCUUCGUGAUUCUCAAAAGCUUCCUUCUGUUCACAAAUCCCAAGCGAAGAUGGCUAUGGCUGGAUCUCCUCAGUCUACUCUUAGUGGGGUUGGAAGUUGGUCGGCUUGGAGUACGGUGUCGAGUGAUGGAAGCCCAAACGGGCCGUCUCAAGCGCCGUCUCCUCCGACUACCCCUUUCGGUGGUGAUAACAACACUUGGGAUCUUAUCUAUGCUGCUGCAGGGCAAGUUGCGAGGCUUAGAAUGAAUACUCAUAGAGAUAGGAUUAUUGGUCCAUCUCAAAGUUCUUGUAAUCUUGUUUCUUCCAUGAAAAACUCUGGAUUUUACUCCCACUCUUCACAGUUUGGAACAGAGCCUCCGAUUUUCAAACCGGAGAACUGUUUUACCUGGGGGAGACAAGUGAAGGUUGAGAAUCAGCAGAUCCAUUGUCGAGGACAAGAUUUUCACUAUGAAAACGAGAGAUUUGUUCGUCCUGUGGAUUUUCCUCAAUCCGCUUGGCCUUCUCUCCAACCCCAUCACCGGAGAUACCCUUCUCAGCCGAGUACUCCCACCGUACCCCCCGCCUACCACGGCGUCGGAUCUGCCCCGAAAAAGGAGUGCGCCGGUACCGGCGUCUUCUUACCUCGGCGAUACGACAAUAACCCACCACAAUCUCGCAAAAGAGCAGAUUGUGCCUCGAUUGCUCUGCUUCCAGCGAAGAACAUUCAGGACAUGAACCGAUCUGUUCCCCAAAUUACAUCGAAUCGCCGCCUUCUGCCGAGCUGCGAAGCUUUAAUGGCUCAAAGAAACGCCAUUUUCGCACAACAGAGGCUGAGUUAUCCCCGGCCGGCGGACAGAGGGAAAAGCCACGAAUUUCUUCUUCCUCAGGAGUGGACAUACUAAAACAACACUACUGAAAGCUGAAAAAAAGUGCUUUUUUAUAAUUUUAUUGAUUGAAGUGUUAUUUUAGAUUAGAUAACAAUAAAGAAAUGAAUUAAGGGCUGUAACUUAAGAAAUGAAAAGGGAUUUGUUUGCAGGUUUUUAGGUUUUUAUAGAUGAAGAACAGAGUAAAAAAUGUAGUGUUCAUUCAUCAGAAAGAGAGUGGAAAAAAAGAAAAAGAGAGAAAUUUCUAGGAAAGUGGGGUUUUAGGGAAAGAGGGAAAAGAGAGAUAUUGUAAUAAAUUUUGUGGGUUUCUUAAUAGAAAUACAUAGCUAUAUAGUAUAUCUAUAAACCCUUCUAAUAUAAAUAAAUUAUUUGUUGAUUUAUGAGUA